UAUAUUUCUGUUGUGACUGUGUGUAUUUCCUUUGUGACUGUAUAUUUCUGUUGUGACUGUGUGUAUUUCCUUUGUGACUGUGUAUAUUUCUGUUGUGACUGUGUAUAUUUCCGUUGUGACUGUGUAUAUUUCUGUUGUGACUGUGUGUAUUUCUGUUGUGACUGUGUAUAUUUCUGUUGUGACUGUGUGUAUUUCCUUUGUGACUGUGUAUAUUUCUGUUGUGACUGUGUAUUUCCUUUGUGACUGUGUAUAUUUCUGUUGUGACUGUGUAUAUUUCCGUUGUGACUGUGUAUAUUUCCGUUGUGACUGUGUAUUUCCGUUGUGACUGUGUAUAUUUCCGUUGUGACUGUGUAUAUUUCCGUUGUGACUGUGUAUAUUUCUGUUGUGACUGUGUAUAUUUCCGUUGUGACUGUGUAUAUUUCCGUUGUGACUGUGUAUUUCCGUUGUGACUGUGUAUAUUUCCGUUGUGACUGUGUAUAUUUCUGUUGUGACUGUGUAUAUUUCUGUUGUGACUGUGUAUAUUUCCGUUGUGACUGUGUAUAUUUCCGUUGUGACUGUGUAUAUUUCUGUUGUGACUGUGUAUAUUUCCGUUGUGACUGUGUAUUUCCGUAGUGACUGUGUAUAUUUCUGUUGUGACUGUGUAUAUUUCCGUUGUGACUGUUUAUAUUUCCGUUGUGACUGUGUGUAUUUCUGUUGUGACUGUGUAUAUUUCCAUUGUGACUGUGUAUAUUUCCAUUGUGACUGUGUAUAUUUCCGUUGUGACUGUGUAUAUUUCUGUUGUGACUGUGUAUAUUUCCGUUGUGACUGUGUAUUUCCGUAGUGACUGUGUGUAGUUUUGUUGACCUCCACAUCCUUCUAUCUGUUUUCACCUCUCCAGACCUGAAUGUGUUACCAUGGUGACCACUCACACACACAUCACCCUGUCACUCCUGCUGUUCCACAUUCUCCCGGCCACAACGACUCAGGUUGAUGACCUCAUCGAUGAUGUCAUUGUCGCCACGGACCGUGGCAGAGUCCGGGGCACUCGGCUUCCCGUGCCAGGUGGUGGAUAUGUCAGGGCAUUCCUGGGAAUUCCCUAUGGGAACCCCCCCGUUGGGGAACUGCGUUUUCGCCCUCCUCAGCCUGCAGAUGGGUGGACAGGGGUACUACACGCCACACGCUACCCCAACUCCUGCCUCCAACCCCAGGAUACAUUAUUUCCUGGGUUCCGUGGAGCUGAGAUGUGGAAUCCCAACACCAAGAUGAGUGAAGAUUGUCUCUACCUCAACAUAUGGACUCCUCCCCCUUUGUUUAAGACACACCCUAAACGUUCCAAGAGCACCUCCCCUGGUUCCUCAUUAGCUCCUGUCAUGGUGUGGAUAUACGGAGGCGGGUUCACUACAGGCACUGCCUCCCUAGACCUGUAUGACGGACAAUUCCUUAGCCAAUCAGAAGGCGUCGUGGUGGUGUCUAUGAACUACAGGCUCGGUCCAUUGGGUUUCCUGUCUCUUCCUGAGAGCGAGGGUGUCCGUGGUAACGCUGGAAUGCUGGACCAGCGCUUGGCUCUGUACUGGGUAGCCAAUAACAUUGCUGCCUUCGGCGGAGACCCUUCAAAGGUGACGUUGUUUGGGGAAAGUGCUGGCUCUGCAUCUGUAGGUCUCCAUCUCCUCUCUCCUGGCAGCCAUGGUCUUUUCAACAGGGCAAUACUACAGAGUGGUUCCCCUAACACUCCAUGGGCUGUCAUGACUCAACAGCAGGCCUGGAACAGGUCCCUGUCCCUGGGUAGGCUGUUGGGUUGUCCCCUGGCACCUCUGGCUGUCCUGGAGCAGUGUCUACAGAGAGCCCAUCCAGAGGAUAUCAUCAAGCAGCAGUACAACGUCCUGUCUCUCCCCACAAUCCUAGCAUUACCAUUCACCCCCUCUGUCGACCAAAACUUCCUACCAGACAUGCCAGAGGUUCUGCUCCGGACGGGACACUUCCUGAAGACAGAGGUGCUGAUUGGUUUGAACCAAGAUGAGGGGACCUAUUUCCUGGUUUACGGGGCGCCAGGAUAUGACAUCACUAGCCAGAGCCUGAUCAGCAGGGAGAACUUCCUGAAAGGGGUGGACCUAGUGUUGCCGGGAUUCAGUGAUGUCAUGAGGGAGACAGCCAUCUUCCAGUACACUGAUUGGACAGAUGAGAAUAGUGGGAUGAAGAAUCGGGAUUUGCUUGGGCGAAUGUUGGGAGACCAUGAUUUUAACUGCCCUGUGCUGGAGUUUGCCCAGAGGUACACAGAACAUGGGGGUAAGGCCCGCCUCUUCCUGUUCGAUCACCACUCCUCCACCAAUCCCUGGCCAGCAUGGAUGGGCGUGAUGCAUGGCUAUGAGAUUGAGUUUGUCUUUGGAAUGCCGCUGAACAGAACCCUGGGAUACCUGGAGGAGGAAGUGGUCAUGAGCAGGAGGAUGAUGAAGUACUGGGCCAACAUGGCUAGGACCGGGAACCCAAGCAUAGAGGAAGGGGAUUGGCCACUUUUCACCGUGGACCAACAGGAAUACAUCACCCUAAACUCAUCCCCUCCACACACACAAAAGAGGCUUGCAGCUCAUCAAUGCCAGUUCUGGAACAACUUCCUCCCCAAACUGCAGGAAGUCACUGUGAGCGUAGGUGAGUUAGAACAGCAGUGGAGGAAUCACUUCCAUCGUUGGAUGUCGUACAUGUUGGAGUGGAAGAAUGACUACUCUGACCACAGCCUGAGCAGCCCAGAGGGUCAGAAGCAGCAGGACUGUGACCAGAGGCCCUUGGAGCCCCAGACCUUUAACUGACCCCCUCAACCCAUCAAGACUAACUUAAAAAUGAUCCUUUGCUUUUUAAAGAGACAAUACAUUUUGUUGCGCAUCAUUUGUUUCUGAACGUAAUGCCAGGCCUUUUCACUGAUCACUGCUAUAUCUGUUUGUAUUUGUUCUUGUCCUUUCAAUUGAACAUGUGUCUUGCUUUGUGUAUCUGACAAUGUUAUGUUUCUGUGUGCUUGGUGGGAUAAAGUAAUGGGUGACAUGUUUCUGUGUGUUUGGUGGGGUAAAGUAAUGGGUGACAUGUUUCUGUGUGUUUGGUGGGGAAGAGCGUCUGCUAAAUGACUUAAAUGUAAAUGUAAAGUAAUGGGUGACAUGUUUCUGUGU